UAUCAAGGGUGCACAAGUGUGAACAAAAAUGUUUAACAUCUAGCACACAUAGUUGUGUAAAGACAUGUUAAAGCAUCUAUUAUUUAUAAAUUUUGUUUUACAGCGGAUACAUUUAGGGGAUAGCCUUCUUAAAGAUGUAGUAUAUGUGAUAGACAGGUCUGGGAGUGUGACUGGAAGCAAUUUUAAUGAGGCUGUAAACUUCAUUUACAUGGUAACAGAAUAUCUGACAAUUGGAAACGAUGCAUUUAUGGUUUCUAUAGUAACAUACAGUGGUAGCAACCGGUUGGAAUUCGCAUUAAAUACAUACUCCACAAAUACAAGUCUAUUAGCAGCCAUAAACGGUUUAUCGGGUACAGUAACAACCGGAAAUACACAUACUGGGGAAGCCUUACAGUAUGUCCAAUCGGACAUUUUACAAAUUUCAAAUGGAGCUAGAACCGGAGUAGAUAAAGUAGUUGUUGUGUUAACAGAUGGCGCUUCCAACGGUGCAAUUGACCCAGGAGCAGCAGCAGAUAGCUUAAGAUCAGAUGGAGUAGAAGUUUUUGCAGUUGGUAUUGGAACAUCACAUCUUAUCGAACUUCAAGAUAUAGCAAAUGAUCCGGCAUCAUAUCAUGUGAUGUAUGUUUCUGAAUUCAUAUAUCUGUGCGGUCUUAUACCAGCUUUAGUUCCAAAACUAGGUAAUUAUUCAGAUAUUAUUGGAUACAGAAAUUUUAACAAUCCCCUUGAGAAAUAA